AGAUGUAGUAGAAGGGAUUGUACACAGAAAUGUUUGUAUGAAGUCAAUAUUCUCUCGGUGUCAUCGUUCGUCCACAAUCCAGGUGAAGAACUGCUGCUCCUACCGAGUUUAUUACCUCCACAGUGCCACCCUCUGUCCGUCCUCGUACUGUGUUAGUCCGUUUAAUAUCUCCACUGAAGGCUGUUCAGACUCAACACUCCUUCCCACAACAAUACCGUCGUCUGUCGGGACACACACAACUAACACAAUAUCCUCGACACAUCCUACAACUGCCAACGGUGCAACUACGCCUAUUACUACCACCGGUAAACUUUCCAUUCCCACAACGACAGUGGCGACACCUAGUAGUGAGAACCUGUCAACGCCAGAUAUAGCGUCUGAUCCAUGUUUGACGUACGAGGAGCUCCAGGUGGAUUAUAGACGAUCGCCAGACCACAUAGAAGAUGUGUAUGAAGAAGGCCUGUGUGACAUCCUGAUCAGUGAGAAGUGGUACAGAUUCAUGGGAAUAGCUGGAGGUGACCUGACCAACAACAGUGAAAGUGUGGAACACCACGGAUGUGGUACCUACUAUCCUCUCUGGAUGGACGGUCAGAUUCCAGACGUAGCAGAAGGGAUUGUGCACAGAAAUGUUUGUAUGAAGUCAAUAUUCUCCCGGUGUCAUCGUUCGUCCACAAUCCAGGUGAAGAACUGCUGCUCCUACCGAGUAUAUUACCUCCACAGUGCCACCCUCUGUCCGUCCUCGUACUGUGUUAGUCCGUUUAAUAUCUCCACUGAAGGCUGUUCAGACUCACCGCUCCUUCCCACAACAAUAUCGUCGUCUGUCGGGACACACACAACUAACACAAUAUCCUCGACACAUCCUACAACUGCCAACGGUGCAACUACGCCUAUUACUACCACCGGUAAACUUUCCAUUCCCACAACGACAGUGGCGACACCUAGUAGUGAGAACCUGACAACGCCAGAUAUAGCGUCUGAUCCAUGUUUGACGUACGAGGAGCUCCAGGUGGAUUAUAGACGAUCGCCAGACCACAUAGAAGAUGUGUACGAAGAAGGCCUGUGUGACAUCCUGAUCCGUGAGAAGUGGUACAGGUUCAUGGGAAUAGCUGGAGGUGACCUGACCAACAACAGUGAAAGUGUGGAACACCACGGAUGUGGUACCUACUAUCCUCUCUGGAUGGACGGUCAGAUUCCAGACGUAGCAGAAGGGAUUGUGCACAGAAAUGUUUGUAUGAAGUCAAUAUUCUCCCGGUGUCAUCGUUCGUCCACAAUCCAGGUGAAGAACUGCUGCUCCUACCGAGUAUAUUACCUCCACAGUGCCACCCUCUGUCCGUCCUCGUACUGUGUUAGUCCGUUUAAUAUCUCCACUGAAGGCUGUUCAGACUCACCGCUCCUUCCCACAACAAUAUCGUCGUCUGUCGGGACACACACAACUAACACAAUAUCCUCGACACAUCCUACAACUGCCAACGGUGCAACUACGCCUAUUACUACCACCGGUAAACUUUCCAUUCCCACAACGACAGUGGCGACACCUAGUAGUGAGAACCUGACAACGCCAGAUAUAGCGUCUGAUCCAUGUUUGACGUACGAGGAGCUCCAGGUGGAUUAUAGACGAUCGCCAGACCACAUAGAAGAUGUGUACGAAGAAGGCCUGUGUGACAUCCUGAUCCGUGAGAAGUGGUACAGGUUCGUGGGAGAAGCUGGAGGUGACCUGACCAACAACAGUGAAAGUGUGGAACACCACGGAUGUGGUACCUACUAUCCUCUCUGGAUGGACGGUCAGAUUCCAGACGUAGCAGAAGGGAUUGUGCACAGAAAUGUUUGUAUGAAGUCAAUAUUCUCCCGGUGUCAUCGUUCGUCCACAAUCCAGGUGAAGAACUGCUGCUCCUACCGAGUAUAUUACCUCCACAGUGCCACCCUCUGUCCGUCCUCGUACUGUGUUAGUCCGUACAAUAUCUCCACUGAAGGCUGUUCAGACUCACCGCUCCUUACCACAACAAUAUCGUCGUCUGUCGGGACACACACAACUAACACAAUAUCCUCGACACAUCCUACAACUGCCAACGGUACAACUACGCCUAUUACUACCACCGGUAAACUUUCCAUUCCCACAACGACAGUGGCGACACCUAGUAGUGAGAACCUGACAACGCCAGAUAUAGCGUCUGAUCCAUGUUUGACGUACGAGGAGCUCCAGGUGGAUUAUAGACGAUCGCCUGGUCACAUAGAUGUGUACGAAAAAGGCCUGUGUGACAUCCUGAUCCGUGAGAAGUGGUACAGGUUCGUUGGAGAAGCUGGAGGUGACCUGACCAACAACAGUGAAAGUGUGGAACCCCGCGGAUGUGGUACCUACUAUCCUCUCUGGAUGGACGGCCAGAUUCCUGACGUAGCAGAAGGGACUGUACACAGAAACGUUUGUAUGAAGUCAAUAUUCUCUCGGUGUCAUCGUUCGUCCAAAAUCCAGGUGAAGAACUGCUGCUCCUACCGAGUUUAUUACCUCCACAGUGCCACCCUCUGUCCGUCCUCGUACUGUGUUAGUCCGUUUAAUAUUUCAACUGAAGGCUGUUCAGACUCGCCAUUUCUUCCCACAAGAUUGUCGCCGACACACACUACUGACCAAACAUCUCCGACACAGCCUACAACAAUUACUAAUACUCUCUCCAGGAGCGAGACACCAAGAACAGUAGACACAGAUCUAGAAUCCGGUAUUCACAAGACAGGUCUUGAAAAUAUAUAUCUGAUCCUACUUGUGCUGGGCUCGGUUGGUUUAGCUAUGGGAACGACCUUCUUGAUCAAAUCGAUCAAGACCAACUGCAGAUCAGGGAUCUAUCGAUUGUAACAAACUCGUUUGUAUAAUGAUGAGUGGUUAAGGUGUCUCGACACUUUACUACUAGCCCUCCACCUCUAAGUUGCGAGUUCGAAAACCUACUUGGGACAGUUGUCAGGUACUGACCGUAGGCCGAUGGUUUUUCUCCGAGUACUCCGGUAUCCUCCACCUCCAAAACCUGGCACGUCCUUAAAUGGCCUGGGUUGCUAAUAUGACGUUAAACAAAACAAACCAAACAAAUCUUUAUUUUGUAUGUUUAAAAUGAUUAUAUUUUUAUGAUUUCAUAUAUUAUGCAUGAUUUGUAUAGAUGUCCAUAAUGUAUAUUUAUGCGUAUAUUAUUCGAAUAUAGAAUUUUACACAUUGCCUUGAUGUACAGUAUAUAUAUAUACAUUGUAUAAGGAAUAUUAUUAAAACGUGUAUAUACAAAUGUUAUUGACGCAGGAUGCUAAAUUUACAUUUUGCAGAACGUUUGUUAGGGCAAGAUUUGGCUGUGCAAGCCUUCCGAGAAUUUUUUUCUCUUUCUGUCUCAGUAACAUACAUGUACAUAUCGUUGUUUAUAUAUCUACAAAAUAGCUAAAUACACCGAUACCGUCCGUCUCGUACACAACAUUUGUCCAUAAUACUCUAUCUGUACUCAAAAUAAAUACAUGUACAAUGUGUUUCCGUUGUACUUUUACAUUUGGUAUAUGUUUACGUUUUUUUUAUUAUAUGUACAUCUCAGGCACCCCAUUCCCAUAUAUAUUUUAAAUUUUUAUGUAGGCCAAUUUUGGAUUGUCGAUCUACUCAUUCGGUCCCCAGCAUCACUGGCGAGUCUUAGACGUGUCACUCACUUUUGCUGUUAUAUUUCCGCUAUCCAUGUUUAAAGUUUAUGCUAAGUUGUUUAUUAAACAAGUCUUUUUUUAAUUUUCAUAUGAAUAGUUUCAUUUGAAAUCAAACGAGUUCACUAGUUAUACAUUACAAGUGUUAGAUUAUGUUGAUAAUAUACGAUUGACAAAAGUCCACAUUUGUGCAUCACUAAGACAAUCACGUAAAGCCAUGUUCAUGACGUCAUUAAAAUGUAGUUGUAUGUGUAUUAUAUAUUUUCGUUUUAUAUGGAUGGAAUAAUAGCUUCACAAAUGUCAUAUGCUAUUAAAUAAAUUAUAUUGUGUAACUGA